UAACCUGACAUAAAGCGAUCCUAUUCUGAUAUCGGAUUAUGGCUGUAUCUAACACCAUUGCACAUAGAAACCGAACACAAGAAAAACACUGCAACACAACAAAUUUUGUCGGUUAAGGAUACCCGUUAAUAUUUGCUUAUAAUCUUAUAUAUAGUUCCCGUCUUCCCUGCUGUUUCUUCUGUAACAGAAGCACCUUUAAGAACUCAUGCUAUCGUUGCAGACUUUCUCUAACAAACUGAAACACUUUCCUCUUGCACCUAUAAACGUUCUUUUUGUGUUCUUGUGAUGAAGAUUCCCCUUUUGUCCCUUUCCGCUAGUCUAUGUCUCUGAAUCGAGCUUUUCUCUGAUAUUUAUAAUUAUAAUUAUCGUCCUUGUUCCUAAACCCGGUCGGCUGCAACUUUGGUCUGCAUCAGAAACUGAGACUAUUCAAAGGCACAAACUUCGUUUCAGCGAUUCAUGGAUUAUUUGGAGGUGAGUGAGGAAUGAGAAUUCUCAUUAAUGGGCAUGGAGAACAAAUGGCUAUUUCCUCUCUUCUUGAGCUCCGCAAUAUUCAUAUACCUUCUAGCUGCUUCUUCUAAAAGCGGCAUCGUCUCUUCAAUAAGCUCAAUCAAUUCAGUCUUCUUCCUCCCAUCUCAUACGACCACAAACCAGACAGCAUCUUCAGUUUUUGUGGAGACUAAGAUUUCUCCUCCUCCAUUUCCUUCUGGACCUGCGAUUCCUCGUUUUGCCUAUUUGAUUUCUGGGUCAAAGGGUGAUUUGGAGAAUCUUUGGAGGACUCUUUUUGCCCUCUACCACCCUCGGAACCACUAUGUUGUUCAUCUCGAUCUUGAAUCACCAUUGGAGGAAAGGUUGGAGCUUGCUUCCAGAAUUGAGAAGCAGCCUCUGUUUGCUGAAAUUGAAAAUGUUUUUAUGAUAAAAAAGGCUAAUAUGGUCACUUAUAGAGGACCAACCAUGGUAUCUAACACCCUUCACGCCUGUGCCAUUCACCUUAAGCGAAAUAAAGAUUGGGAUUGGUUUAUUAAUCUCAGUGCUUCAGACUAUCCUCUUGUGACUCAAGAUGAUCUUCUGCACACAUUUUGGAGUUUAGAUAGAAACCUUAACUUCAUUGAGCACACAAGUCAGUUGGGAUGGAAGUUUGACAAAAGAGCAAAGCCUUUAAUGAUAGACCCAGGGCUUUACAUGGCAAGCAAGUCUGAUAUAUUUUGGGUUAAUCCUGGAAGACCUUUGCCUACUGCAUUUAAACUAUUCACUGGAUCAGCAUGGAUGGUUCUGUCACGUUCAUUUGUGGAAUACGUUGUGUUGGGUUGGGACAACCUGCCAAGAACACUUCUAAUGUACUACACAAACUUUGUGUCUUCCCCAGAAGGCUACUUUCAGACAGUGAUCUGCAACGUCCCUGAAAUGGCCGAAACCGCAGUGAACAGUGACUUGCACUAUAUUUCAUGGGACAAACCCCCAAAGCAACACCCCCACGUCCUUAACAUUAACGAUACAAGAAGCAUGAUAGCAAGUAAUGCUCCUUUUGCGAGGAAGUUUAAGCAAGACGACGUUGUGUUGGAUUUGAUUGAUAAGGAAUUGCUGCACAGGGAAGCAGGAAUGUUCACACCUGGUGGUUGGUGUUCUGGGAAGCCUGCAUGUUCCGAGGUUGGGAACCUUAACGAAAUCAAACCUGGUCCUGGAGCUUUGAGGCUUAGAAGCCUAGUAGGGAGGCUGGUAUUGAGGACUAGAGUUGGUCAGAAUCGGUGUAAAUAGGAUUCCACUGAUGGAAGGAAAAGCGCAGAGAUGGUGAUUCUGAUGUUAUUACUCGUGUCAUGGCCUACUGUCGUUCCAGUGGAUCACCCUGAUGUUGGAGCGGCAACUUGCGACUGUAACCCCAUUCUUUAGGCAUUUCAGUCUCAUUUUUUUUUUUUUUGGGAUACAGGGGGGAUUGAAUUCUCUUACAAAUUAUUCACGUAUCUUGUUACUAUAUUAGAUAGCAUUAUUCAGAAUCAGAAUUAUCUGGUUUUUUUUAA